GAUUUCAGUGUUUAAUUUUGUGUCCUUCUUUCACCCUCUCCCUGUGUUAUUUAAAUGAAAUGAUUGACUCCACGUGUCCCUUGUCUGGACGCUGGUUGACGUGAAGCCGCUGCGUCCGCGCUUUUUGUUAUGCGGUUGCCUGGAUACCGGUGGCGGGACGGUCCUGCGCGCGCGCGAGCUCCUGGGACUCUUUCGGUUGCUACUCACUCGGUGUCGGAUUAAUAACUAAAAGCGGGUGUAGAAAUGUCUGAUAACGAGGGAGAACAGGGUCCGAAAAGUAACUUUAGCACCUACAUGGCUGAAGGCGACCAGCUGUUUCACAAAGGGGAGUAUAGUAAGGCUGCUGAAAGCUAUUCCACGGCUCUGCUAUUACAGCCAGACGACAGGAACUGUUUGGUUGCCAGAUCAAGGUGUUAUGUGAAAAUGGGUCACGCUGAAAAUGCCCUGAAGGACGCAGAAGCUUCUCUGAAAGACGACAAAAACUUUUUCAAGGGUUUGUACCAGAAGGCAGAGGCUCUGUACACCAUGGGGGAUUUCGAAUUUGCGCUGGUCUUCUACCACCGAGGCCACAAACUGCGACCAGAGCUGCAGGAGUUCAGGCUGGGUAUACAGAAAGCAGAGGAAGCUAUUAACAACUCCGUAGGAAGCCCUUCGUCUGUAAAACUGGAGAAUAAGGGUGAUCUGUCUUUCUUCCAUAAAGUAAAGGAGCGCAAAAAAACUCCGCUUAAAUCGCUUAUCCAACCCAUGAAGAAAGACCUGAGUGUGCAGAGCCAAAAGACAACCAAGAGUGAGAAAACAGCCAAACAGCUCUUGGGAGAGCUGUACACUGAUAAAGAGUACCUGGAAAAGCUCCUCAAAGAUGAAGAUCUAAUAAAAGGAAAGACACGUACUGGUGAGAAGCUCCAAGAUGUCAUCAUGAGCUGCAUCUCCUAUCUGGACACACGUACCGAGUUUUGGCGGCAAGAGAAACCUAUCUACGCACGCGAACGCGAUCGAAAGCUCCUACAGCAGCAGUGGAACCGCACGCAAAACCGUCCUCCCUCUGAGCCUGCCUUGUACGUCCUCAAAAACCUGGAGGAGAUUGAUACAGAACUGACUACGGGAAUUACGGAGAUGGGUCUAAAGAAGGCCCGCGAGGUGCUGAAGACGGUGCAAGGCUGGUCUGACAAAGCUCUGCCUAAUAAGACAGAAGUGCUGGGAAACCUUUAUAGCUACAUAGGUAAUGCACUGAUGGAUCUGGGAAACAUGGACAAGGCGCUGGACUACCACCGUAAGGACCUGGAGCUGGCCCAGCAAAGUAAAUUAAUGUACAGUAAAUCCAGGGCUCUGGACAACAUCGGCCGAGUGUACGCACACAUUGGCAAAUUUCAACAAGCCAUAAAAGUCUGGGAGGAAAAGAUCCCCCUGAUACAAGGUGGGCUGGAGAAGGCCUGGCUGUAUCAUGAGAUCGGCCGCUGUUACCUGGAACUCAAGCGUUACGUCAAGGCCAAAGACUACGGCAUCCACUCACUCAGUGCUGCGGAUGACAUCGGUGAUGCGAAAUGGCAGCUCAAUGCCAGCGUGCUUGUGGCGCAGGCCGAGUUAAAACUGGGGAACUCUAAAUCCGGCAUGUUACACUUUGAGAAGGCACUGGACCAGGCUAAACUGCUGCAGGACAACGAUGCCAGAGAUGCCAUCCAGAAGGCUCUUCAAGAAACAAGAGAGCAAGUGUCCCAGUGAGAGCAGAGCGAGCGAGUCGGUUAGCGUCCCCCGCUAAAGGAUGUUUCACUGACUGCAAAUUUCAACUAAAAACCUUUCAUACUCAUUGCUUGUACUUAUGGACACCUACAGAAGAAUAAAAAUUGUAUAAGACAGUGAAAGAGUAAAAA